AAUAUACAUUUAUUUGUGUAAACUGUAUAAUGAUAAAGAUAAAUGUCAAGACUGGAGAAGCUGAAUUGAGCUGAACCAGCUGAACAAGACAAGACACCUUUCUCUUUUAUUUUUAAUAUUUUUAGCUUCCUUCUUUGUACCUUCGCAACUAUUAUCUUUUAUUAAAGUUUAAAUUAUUUUUUAUUGUUGCUUUAAAUAUUUGUAAAAUUAAACAAAUUAUUUGUAGUUGAUGAUUUUUUAAUAAAUAAUAAUGGAUUACUCUGAGAUUGACCAUAUUUCACGAACUUGUUUUCCAAACAACAAUUUAAAGAAUAUCCAAUAUGGUACAGCAGGAUUUCGAAUGAGAGCCGAAUUAUUAAAUCAUGUGGUUUAUAGAAUGGGUAUUUUGUCAGUUUUACGGUCAAAAUUUUUGAAUGGUGCUGGAAUUGGAUUAAUGAUUACAGCUAGCCACAAUGAAGAACCUGACAAUGGAAUUAAAAUAGUUGAUCCGGCUGGAGAAAUGUUAGAAUCUGAUUGGGAGGAGAUUGCAACAAUGUUGGUUAAAGUACAAGAUACGGAAUUGAUUGAGACAAUAAAAAGUAUAAUAAAAGAUAAAAAUAUUGAUGAAAAUUCAUCUGCAUCAGUAAUAAUUGGUAGAGAUUCUAGAGAAAGUAGUUUAGCAUUAUCAAAAGCAGCUAUUAAACCAAUUGAAAUUUUAAAAGCAACAGUUAAAGAUUUUGGAAUAAUAACAACACCUCAAUUACAUUAUUUAGUUGUUUGUAUAAAUAGUAAUGGAGUAUAUGGUGUACCAACAAUAGACGGAUAUUUUGAUAAAUUGUCUAAUGCAUUUAUUAAAAGUCAAACAAUUGAGAAUAAAAUUAAUAAUAAAAAAUAUUCAUACACUAAUCAACUAUAUGUUGAUGCAGCCAAUGGUGUAGGCGCUUUUGCAGCUAAAGAAUUUAAAAAACAACUAAAUAAUAUUAUUACAAUUAAUAUUUUUAAUGACGGAGCCGGAAAACUCAACUACAAAUGUGGAGCAGAUUAUGUUAAAAUUCAUCAAGCUCCACCACUUAAUAAUCCUUCUAAAUUAAAUAUAAAAUGUGCAAGUAUUGAUGGAGAUGCAGACAGACUUGUUUAUUAUUAUGUUGAUGAAAACAAUAAAUUUAAUUUACUUGAUGGAGAUAAAAUAGCUAUUUUGAUAGUUAGUUAUUUAAAAGAACUUAUUGAAGCAAGUGGAUUAUCAAUUAAUUUGGGUCUAGUUCAAACUGCUUAUGCCAAUGGUGCAUCUACUAAUUAUGUUACUGAAAUUUUGAAUGUACCAGUUGCUUUUACGGAAACUGGAGUGAAACAUCUUCAUCAUCGAGCUCAACAAUUUGAUAUAGGAGUAUAUUUUGAAGCUAAUGGACACGGUACUGUAAUAUUCAGAGAUGAAAUUAUUAAAAUGAUUAGAAAUUCUACUUUAAAUAAAGAAAUUUCAAAUCAACAACGUGAAUCUGUACUUAAAUUAUCAAACUUGAUUGACAUAAUAAACCAAACAGUUGGAGAUGCUUUAAGUGACAUGUUGUUAGUUGAAACAAUUUUAUAUGCAAGAGAUUGGGAUAUUGUUAUGUGGAAGGAGUGUUAUUUAGAUUUCCCAAAUAGACAAUUAAAAGUUAAAGUUAAAGAUAGAAAUAUCAUUAAAACUACUGAUGCAGAAAGAAAAUGUAUUUCACCAAUAGGAUUGCAAGAAAAAAUUGAUGAAAUAGUAUCUCACUAUCCAAAAGGCCGUUCUUUUGUUAGAGCUUCAGGAACAGAAGACAUUGUAAGAGUGUAUGCAGAGUGUCAGGAUCCAAUGGAUGUAGAAAAAUUAGCUGCUCAAGUAUCUUUAGCUGUUUAUCAAUUUGCAGGUGGUGUAGGUGAAAUACCUAUUGCAAUAUAAAUUUAUUUUUAAAACCGAAUUAAAGUGAUAUUUUAUGAAAAAUUAAUCGUUUUUUUUUUAUUGGUUUUAUUUUUGUUAAUUUUAUUAUAGUUUCAAGUUAUUACUUCCAUUCUGACUGCCGAAUGGAAUUUUUUAAAAAUUAAAAUUAAUUACGAUAAUUACUAUAUUAUUUUUAUCUAAUAAGUUUUUUGUUUUUAUAACAAUUGGCCUAAUAAAUAUUAUAUACAGUCGGACCUCGUUAUAAGAUUACGCGUUAUAAUUCUCUUCCCCUCAAUUUGUUAAAUAAAACUCGCUCGGAACGCUUCCCCCACCAACAACUCAAUAAAAGUUUUGCGCCGAAACCUCCUUAUAAGACUAACGACAAUUACGACUAAAAUUUAGAUAAAAUGUACAAACAUAAAGAUUUUAGAUUAAAUAAUUUAUUUUCAUAAAGAAUACUUAUAAUUUCGUGGUAUCACAUAAUUAAUAUGAUAAUAAUUAUAAAAUUAUAAUUUUUUUUUCUAAUAAUUGUAUAUGAUAUUGACAAUAAAUAAAUAAAAAUUA